UGGUGUCAAUGCUGCCCCAAUUGUCUCUCCUGCCCCCUCCUGGUAGUAUGCGGGACUGCCUGAGGCUGAGGGGGCUGCCAUACACAGCGAGCAUAGAGGACAUUCUCACCUUCCUGGGCGAGUUUACGCACGAUAUCAGACCACAUGGCGUGCACAUGGUCCUCAACCAGCAGGCUCGUCCAUCAGGUGACUGCUUCAUCCAGCUGACCUCAGCAGAGCGGGCUAUUCAGGCCUCACAGCAGCUCCACAAGCAUGUCAUGUCCAGCCAGCGCGGGGCCAACAGCCGCUACGUGGAGGUGUUCCCCUGCAGCACAGAGGAGAUGGGCCUGGUGCUGAUGGGAGGCUCGCUCUCACACACACAUACACAUGCACACAUCCGGAGCAGGAAUGGGACAGGGCUCAGUCCGCCGCCAUGUAAGUCCAGACGUUUAUCUCCACCAUCCUACUCCUUCGCCCCUGCUCCACCUGUCAUGUCUGCAGAGGCAGCUGCUGCCCUCUACCCUCCCGUUGGUCAGAUGUUGCUGGCGCCACGACCCUUACCACCAGGACAUGCCUACUACCCCGCCUCAGCUCAGCUAUACAUGAACUACGCGGCCUACUAUCCCAGGUAAACAUAUAUUUUAUUUCUAUGGUUACAGAUGAACAGAAACGGACACAUGCUGUGACACAUUCAACACUAUUGUUUAUUGUCUUUCUGCAUAUUUAUAUCAUAAUAAAAAUGUGGUUUAAAGUUUUCAAACAUGAAUGAACAAAUGAUUAGAUACAUUUUUACCAAGAUCACAGCAUUAGAUGUAACAUGCUCCA